CAGAUCAGACGCGCGAGCGCUUGUAACAUUAUCACUUAUUCAGUGUUUUCAACCAUAUAAUGCUUAUUUCAGAUUUCAGACAUUUAAAUACACAUAAGUACUAGCAAAGCCAUACAUUUAUAGUUUGUAAAAUAUGCACUGAUGUCUAUGGAAGCAGCAAUAAUGAUCCUUACAAAUAUAAUCUGACGACAUGUUUUUAUUGAUAUCAUAUACAGAUUGUGUAGAUACUUUAAAGUUUACUCUGCUCCUCUCCCAGUUUACUGGAGACUUACUUUAACGUGUUUCGGGAGGAGAGGAUUAAUUUACGUGUUGUAAAUCCCACAGCUGGAUUCAGCGCGAGCAAACAUGGCGGCGCCCAUCACCCGGUAUAGAUCAACUAACACGAUCAUUAUAAACGUGUUUAAACAACCAAACACAUUUACUUGCAUAUAUUUCAGAAUCGGAAUAUCAGAUAUUUAAUAAUAUAGCGAGUAUGUUUGUGAAUAUUAAUAAUAAAAAAAGUAAAAACGAAAUAAAAGCAAUCCAUGUGUCAUACAGCGCUAUUACGGCUGCGGUGUGUCACAUGACAAGCAUGACGCGUCGCCAUGGAAACAAUAAGGCUAUAAGUUCUAAAAUAACGGUCGCCUAAAAAAACUCACGCCGGGGGCUCAGAUAGAAUAUUUUAAACUCAGGUGUGAAAGGGUUAAUUAAGUUUGCCUUGUUUUUUAUCGUUUUCUGGGGAUUUUGCUUUAAGGGGAAGGGAGUUUGGUAGAGGAUUUGAGAUGUCUUCUAAAUUUAAUUUGGAGGAUUUUGCAAUUCAACCUUCGGCGCAACAAUUGGAAAAAUGUCGUAAAGAUGACUUAUUUGCAGUCGCGGAUUUGUAUCAGAUCAGGGUGUCUCGGAGUGCAUUAAAGAGGGAGGUUAAGGAAGUGGUGCUGAAGCAUAUGGUGGAAAAUGGGAUCCUGCCAGAGGAGGGCGAGCUAGCGGGUGUUGCAGAUCGUAUAUUGAGUUCCGGGGAUGAGGGAGCAGAUCAGACCAAACCCCAGGAACUGAUUAGCAUAGAUCCCGCUGUGCUGCCGUCCCCACAGGACCCAUUGUUGAAUAUUCAAUUAAAGCAGCUUGAGUUGGAACUGAGCCGGCAGCAGUAUCAAAGUCAACUGUUGCAGGUUAAAACAGUUGAGCUUGAAACCCAGCGCGCAAUUCGUUUGAAAGAGCUGGAGCUCGAGAUUAAAACUAAAGUUCCUAACAAGCCUCCGAAUACAGGUCCAUAUGGAGCUAGUACACCUAUGUCAUCUUCAACCAGCACUUCCACUCCCGGUUCGACUUCUGACCCUGUGCCUCGACGCGAUCUGCAAUCUUCCUGUAAAGAAAUCCUGAACGAGGGUCAAAGGUUCAGAUGAAGGGAUCCUACGCUUCCAAGACUCAUGUAUGAACAACUUCAAGAAUCCAUGUACAAUUUGAGGGUUUUUCAAAUCUCAACAUGGAACUUGGACUGAACAUGCAGCAAAAAAAAGAAAAAGAAAAAAAAAAGUUUCCUCAAGCUGGCACAUGGCAAGAGAUAUUAAAAGCACACAAACACUUGGAGCUCUGCUCUUAAUUUAGAUUGUACAGUUCUGUUAGUUUCACAUUGAAAUGUGAGGCAUGAGUGCAUGGAUCUUAGUUAUUUAUUUUCAAAUGCUGUACAUGAAAGUUUUUUUUGCAGUACCAUGUCAGUUGUAGAUGACAGAAUUCACAUUUUUGGGUGAACUGUUCUUUUAAACAACAUUUCACUUGACUAUUGACUAUAAGUCUAUAGCAAUUGUUAUUAAUGUCAGCCCUGUCUUUGUAUACAUUUUUUCCCAUGUAUCUGAAAAAGUUUUGAAUCUUGACUGUUUCACAGUGAAGUUUAUCUUUGUGACCACUAUUUGGUGCAACACCAAUAAUGUGCAAGUAC